AUGCGGUUACCCUACCUGGGAGCCGCUGUCGUCCGUGACGUUCUGCUGCUGCUCUCCGUGUCGCGACUAGCCUUUGGUGCCGAUGCUUCCUCUGCGAAUGACGAUACCCCUGAACCGGAAACCCCGGCCCCCCUUUGGAUUCAACCGUCUGGUGACUGGUACGGUAUCGAUGGGACGUGGUCAAAUUUCGCAUUCUACAUCGGUUCCCCCGCCCAGGUCGUCUACUUGACUGCGGCUACCGCACUGUCCGAAACAUGGGUUGUGUCAACUGGGGGUUGCGUUCCAGUCCAACUAUGUAUCGACGCCCGUGGCGGCACCUUUGACAUUUCACAAUCCGAAACAUGGCAUGCUUUAGGGAGCUGGCAACUGGGGAUGAAUUACACGGGCAUGGGGGGCAAUGGGGACUAUGGCUUGGAGACACUCGCCUUCGUCAACAGGGUAACACGCUUCUCGACCGCCAUUGACGGUGUGCUGGUAGCCGCCAUCAACGAUACCAACUACUACCAGGGUUAUAUCGGCCUGGGUGUGACGCAGGGUCGAUUUGGGUCUAACCUGACCAAUCCUUUCAUCUCGCAACUUGUACAAACCUACGGGACAAUUCCUAGCCAUGGUUACGGAUAUACCGCGGGGGCUUACUACCGUGACGAUGGAGAAAGCGGUGGUACCGUGGCAUCCCUAACGCUCGGAGGCUACGAUACUCUCAGGUUUGAACCACACGACACUUGGUUUUCCCUAGACCCGGUAUCGCGUCUUCCCUUUGUUCGCCUACGUGGGGUCACGGCCGAAGUCCCUACGCUGGAUGAUGUGCCAACGAAGAACUGGACGUCGACCUCGAAGCAGCUGGUAAAAAUGGACGACUCCAUUAUCGCCAUCAUUGAUUCCUCCACCCCAUACCUCUGGCUUCCCACUGAGGUUUGCGAACGUUUCGCCACCGCCUUGAACUUGGAAUGGAGGGAGGAUUUGGGCCUCUAUGUUUUCUCGGACGGCGCACAGUAUACACACUACCAAACCGAUACUUUGCUGUCCUUCACUUUCACCCUCUCCAGCUACCAAAACGCCGACAACUUCGGGCAACCCCUCAACACGCCCGGAGUUGUCAACAUCACCCUCCCGACCGCCUCGUUUGCGCAGCUUCUGCGCUAUCCUUUCAAAAAUGUCAUCCAAUGGGGGGAUUCUAGCAUUCCGUAUUUCCCCCUAAAACGCUCAACAAAAGAAACAAACAACAACGUGUACAUCAUUGGGCGCACGUUUCUUCAGGAAGCCUACAUGGUCACCAGUUAUGACAGAGGCACUUACUCGCUUCAUCAAGCCCGCUUCCCCCACAAUGCGACGAAGAAUUACACGGUCGAGGCCAUUACAAGGCCUCCAGACAGCCCAUAUCCGAAUUACGAAGACGACGACCCUGAAACGAGCCAAGGACUGUCUCCAGGGCAAACUGCUGGUAUUGUUUUGGGCGCCUUCAUCGUGGGUAGUAUCGUUGCUCUUGUAUUGUGGUUUUUCCUGAUCCGCAAGCGGAAGGACAAGCAGAAGGAGAUUGCUGCCGCAGAAGACGAAAAUAAGGAGGGCACACACACAACUGAGGAGGAGCCCGAGCCGGAACCUCAAAGUCCGGUGAAGCGGAUGUUUACGAAAAUUAUCCGGAAGACGCGCUCGAGAAAACCGGUGGCACAGGACAAGGAUGAGGAAAGCUCGAAGCCAGUUGAAGUUGGCGCAGAUGAACAGCAUCAAGUCUACGAAAUGCCGGCGCCACCCGAACCGGUCGAGUUGGAUAGCCAUGAUCUAGGGGAUGAUGAGACGGAGUUUGGCGCGGAGAGCUCCCUGGGGAUCAGCCAAUAUGAAAUUACGAAGAGGAAACUUGACCGCCAGCUACAGGGCCCGGUGCCGAGCUACACAUCAUCAGCUGCGUUUUCGGCAACACCAGGGCCUGAAAAGUCGAUGCAAGAUUCAAGCCCAGUAGCCCAUUACAGACAACCCGAAGAUCCAUCUCCGGCAUCGUCGCCGACCUACGCAAACACGAAUUCACUCCCAGGCACCCUUCCUUCCCCGAUGACACCACAUGGCGAUUGGACAAACCGCGGCUUCGAUGUCCCAUCACCAAUGACAGUGGUCCCCCCACCCAAUCUCCUCCAUGCACCCCCGAACGCGUCCGAUACGAAUUACUCGCCUGUCUCGCCCCACUCUCCACACUCGCCGCAUACAUACCCCCCCUCAACCUUAACUCGGUCAGUCUCAGGCGGGUCACCGACGUCCAUGACAGGGUCCAUACAGCUUCCGUCCCCGGCAUUUCAACGAACGCCUAUCGAUCCCUCCAGAGUGGUGUGUCUUGGCCCGCUGCCCGAGAAUGUACAGCUGCCGCGCCCAGAACGGUCAGUUCCACGGAUAGUGACACCAAGCACCCGUAGGAGAGAGGUCCCAGUUGAGUCUGAGGCAGGCACCGCAUAUCCGCAUUCCCCCGAUCUACCACUCCCUCGAUCUCUCAACCACCACCGAUCCCAUACACAAGGUUCGACAGACACGCUGGGAAGCAACUUCACGGUGGAAGAAGAGACGCGCCUCCGAACGGGUGAGAAUUCUGGGUCAUCACAUCAUCAACUAAGUGGCCUGGGGCAAGAGCACCAGCGCGAGGGCCAUGAUCACGAUAUACCGCGCAGCCCCUGCAGCGGGGAACGAAUCGAGGCAGGGUCAGAACUGAUCCAUGUUCCCCAGGUCGCAGACAAGCGAUAUAGCUGGGAGGUAGAUCAAACGGGCAGCAUCAGCUGA